GACUGAGUACUUCCUUUAACAAGAUGGCGGCAGGAAGCAAUGGCGAUCGUGCUAGACGCUGCUCGAAAAGCAAUGCUGAUUCUGGCUUCCUGGGCCUGCGACCCACGUCGGUGGACCCAGCGCUGAAGCGGCGACGGCGGGGCCCAAGAAAUAAGAAGCGGGGCUGGCGGCGACUCGCUCAGGAGCCGCUGGGGCUGGAGGUUGAUCAGUUCCUGGAGGACGUGCGGCUACAGGAGCGCACGACCGGUGGCUUAGUGUCAGAGGCCCCUGAUGAAAAACUGUUCUUCGUGGACACUGGCUCCAAGGAGAAAGAGCGGAAAAGGAAGAAGACUCGGGUCCAGAAGAAAUCGCUGCUCCUCCAGAAACCCCUGCGGGUGGACCUUGUCCUUGAGAACACAUCCAAGAUCCCUGCCCCCAAAGACAUCCUCGCUCACCAGGUCCCCAAUGCCAAGAAACUCCGGCGGAAGGAGCAGCUAUGGGAGAAGCUGGCGAAGCAGGGCGAGCUGCCCCGGGACGUGCGCAGGGCCCAGGCCCGGCUUCUCAACCCUCCUAUGGCCAAGACCAAGCCUGGGCCGGAGGACACCAUCCAGCGGCCCUUCUAUGACCUCUGGGCCCCGGACAACCCUCUGGACAAGCCGCUGGAGGGCCAGGAUGCCUUCUUCCUGGAGCAGACCAAGAAGAAGGGAGUGAGGCGGCCACCUCGUCUCCACAUCAAGCCCUCCCCGGCACCUGCUGUGGAGGUGACACCUGCAGGAGCCUCCUACAACCCGACCUUCGAGGACCACCAGGCCCUGCUCUUGGCGGCCCAUGAAGUGGAGCUGCAGCGUGAGAAAGAGGCUGGAAAGCUGGAGCGCAGGCUGGCCCUGCCCGCCACAGAGCAGGCGGCCACCCAGGCGUCCACCUUCCGGGAGCUGUGCGAGGGGCUGCUGGAGGAGUCUGACGGGGAGGCUGAGCAGGACACGGGUGAGGAGCCGGAGGCCGGAGGUGCCGAGACCUCGCAGGCACCUGGCCACCUGCCCUCCGUGGAGAAGAAAACAGAGCAGCAGCGGCGGCGGGAGAAGGCCGCGCGGAGGCUGAGGGUGCAGCAGGUGGCGCUGCGGGCUGCCCGGCUCAGGCACCAGGAGCUCUUCAGGCUGCGGGGGAUCAAGGCACAGGUGGCCCAGCGGCUGGCAGAGCUGGCAAGGCGACGGGAGCAGCGGCGGAUUCGGCGGCUGGCCGAGGCAGACAAGCCCCGCAGGCUGGGGCGGCUCAAGUACCAGGCUCCUGACAUUGAUGUGCAGCUCAGCGAUGAACUGUCCGGCUCGCUCAGGACCCUGAAGCCCGAGGGCCACAUCCUGCGUGACCGCUUCAAGAGCUUCCAGAGGAGGAACAUGAUCGAGCCUCGGGAGCGGGCCAAGUUCAAACGCAAGUACAAAGUGAAGCUGGUGGAGAAGCGGGCGUUCCGCGAGAUCCAGUUAUAGCGGCUGAUGCCAGCGCCCUGCUCCUCAGUGAAGCACCUCUGAGCCACAUGUGCCCACCUGUCUGUGAUCCCAGUGGCUCAGGAGGCUGAGCAGGAGGAUCUCAAGUUCUAAGCCAGCCUCGGCAACUUAGCAGACUGUCUCAAAAAAUAAAGAGCUGGGGAUGCUGCUCAGUGGGAAAGCAGGUUCAGGCCCUAGUCGUGAAAAAAAUAAAGCCUCUUCCACCGCCCCA